AUGUUGGGAAAGCCCCUGCAAAAAUUUGAAGCCCAACAGCCUGUUCAUCCGGAUCAUUUGGAAAAGAAAGAGGCACCUCCACCUGCCUUACAGCAGGUUCCCGCUGCCGCCGGGCCACUCCCAGAGCCGCCAGAGCCGAGUGGGGCUGAGAGCAAGCCUGUGAUUACGGAGGAAGUGCCGCCCCAGAAGACCCUGUCUCUUCUUUCUGCACUGAUAGCUCCUGAACCCCCUGACUUAAAAACAUGUAUGCCCAGGGAAUUCUUGGAAUGCUACAUUUUCCCAGUGCUUCUUCCCAGCAUGGUAGAACUCUUGCACGAAGCCAAGAAGCAAAGAUGUUUUGAGAGGAAACAGACACGAUUUAUCGCUCUUGAUUUCCUGACAGAGUGGUUAUACAACCACAACGCGAAGAGACGAGAUGAGCCCUUCCUGGAAUUUUUCGAGAUCCCUUUUGUGAAGGAUUGGUUAAAGGAUCAUCCUAGGCCUCCCGUUCCUCUGUCUCUUCUGCUCACUGAGAAAGAUGCCAGCCACAUCAUCCAAACCUUCUGGAAAGGUUAUCGGGUCCGUUGUGAUCCUGAAGUUCAGGAAUUACGCCAGUGGCAAAAACAUUUGAGGGAGACAAAGAACAUUCACAAACGUGUCCGAGAAUUCUGGGCCAAUCAAGAAAAGAAAGUGGGAACCAAACUGGAAGACUCUGAGGCGGCCAGUCCAAAUCUCUUGAAAACUCUAAUGGUGGAUAGGUCAAAGACACCUGAGAUCAAAGCAAAGAUUAAUAAGGACCAGCUUAGCAGUUCCAAGCUUGCAGAGAAUUCAUCCCAGAACCAGCGAGCAGCUUUGCAAAUCUGAAGGAUUCGGCGAUCUUAUUUCUGCUGCCCCUGUCAAUAGCCCAUUUACAAAGCGAAUCGCUUUAGAAUAAGUGCAAAAAAAUAAAAUGAAUUCUAUCCUUUGAGAUAUUUCAUACCGUCCUGCUUUUAUUGAUC